CCAAGUAUGUUAGCCAAAUACUCCAGAAAAGUGUCAUACCUCUGGAAGGAAGAAUACAGGAAAAGGCAUCUGAUUGGAAAAAGAGUCAAAGAAAAAGUGAGAAGUAUGUCUCAGGAAUAUUUCAACAAAGAAGAAGUCUCCAAAGAAGGUUUUGAGAUCUUUGAAGCACUAAUGCAAGGAAACGAACAUGGAGCAAGCUUCAUAAUUGAUGAAUUAAUGACCAUUGUUCAUGAUGGAAAUAGCUCAAAGAAUCUGACUGAAAAAUACUAUGCAGAGAAAGUACUUCGCUUUAUUCAACAACAGCGCCUUAAAAAGGAGUGGGGAAACUUCCUAUCUCAGCCACCCAGCAGACAGAGUUUAGAAAAGGGUGCAGUGCUACUUGCUCAGUGGUGCCAGCCCACAGUUGACAUCACAAUAAAUGGGGUCAGUGACCAGUUAGAUGUCAUUGCAACAAAGGUCCAGAAAUUAUUGAGUGAGCGCUUCAAGGACCAUCCUGCUUGCAAAGGGGAACUGUUGGAUGUUACAGAGGUGCAGUCUUCUAGAUGGGAACCAGUGCAGUGUAAAAUGGUGCUUGAAGCAGUCAACUAUGUGCUGUAUCAGGAGCUUGAGUUUCAUGGAAAUUCUGAUGAUUAUUACUUGCCAGAUAAUUCAUACAUAAACAGGGUUUUAGAGACAAAGACGGGCAUCCCUAUCUCCCUGGCUGUGGUGUACUGUAGUGUGGCACUUAGACUUGGGGUGGUGUGUGAACCAGUUAAUUUCCCCUCACAUUUCUUGCUCAGGUGGCUGCAAAAUCCGAACCUACCAGAAGAGCAGCAGUACACAUACAUAGAUGUAUUUCAUGAAGGACGCUUCAUGGAUGAAAACCAGUGCACAAAUCUUCUACCAUAUAACACAUACACUAUAAACAGGCAUGUCUUUGAUCCUGCAAUGCCUUUAAUGGUAUUUGAACGUAUGAUGAGAAACUUAAUCAAUAUUGGGCGUCAGGUUUUGGGUCAUGGUGGAGACAGCCUUCUCAUGUUACGCACAGCACUGGAACUGUUUCUUAUCCUCCGCCCUGAUGACCUAGAAAUGACCUUGCUACUGUCCAGGGUAUAUCUGAAUAUUGGCAUAAAUUUGUCAGAUGUUGUUGACAUGUUAAAAAGGCUAGCUACUUCAGUGGGUCCCCAGCAAAGCAGUCUUAUUACAUACCUGAUUAUGUUAGCAGAAGAAAGACAGAACUCAGAACCCCAGGAGAAGGUUAAAAUAAAGCUGAGAUCAGAGUUCCCCAGGGUAAAACAUGCUGUUGGCAUGAUAAUGAAACACAAAAAAUACCACUAUACUUGUGUGAUAUAUGGCUGGGAUAACAAGUGUGAGGCAACAUUUGAGUGGAUGAACCAGAUGGGAGUGCACAAACUGCCUCUUGGCCCAGAUCAGCCUUUCUACAAUGUCUUAGUAGAGGAUGGCUCCAACAGAUAUGCAGCACAAGAAAAUCUUCUUACAACUGAGGAACCAUGUAAAAUUACACACCCAGAAGUUGGAAAGUAUUUCUGCGACUUCAGAGAUACAUACUAUUUACCUAACAAGGAGAAACUGGACCAGUAUCCAGAAGAUUUGCCAGUUCUUGACUCGUAUGUUCGGGAUACAUAUGGAAAUUAAAUUCUUACUACAACUUGUAAAGUAUAAACAAAUGCACAUUGAUAGCAUCAAGAACAUUUUAAUGCAGUCCAUAGAAAAUGUGCACAAGGCACUAUUGACAAAUAACAUCGAUCAUGAAAUUUUGAUUUCUUAUAUAUCAUCAGAGAUGUCAGCAUUUUUAAUGUACUUAAAAUGUUUGCAUUUUAACA